AUGUCUCUUCACUAUCUUCCACCAGUCAAGCCAUCGGCUAUUGCCCUCGGCACAAUCUUCAACCACGCCGCCUCCCUUGCUGUCCUUGGCCCAGUCUUUGGCGAUACCUACCACAGAGCUCAAGCUGCCAACUCCAAAGAAGAGUUUGUUAAGUCAAAGGAAGCCGCUUCCGCUGCUGCUGCAUGGGGAACUUCUCUCAUUGGUAGUGCUGUCCAAUCAUAUGGUGUUGGAGCUUUGAUCAAUGCUACUGGUACCCUUUCAUAUAAGGGUGCUGCAUACUUGGGAUCUUUGAUCUUCAUGGCUUCCUCUGCUCCUUCUUUCAUCGCACAAAUCACCACUGAGAAGCGACCACUCGACACCGUUGCCGUCGGAGCUCUUGCUCGCGUCUUCGAGACUGUCGGUCUCUCUCUUUUCCUCACUUGGUGGGGAACUCACACCAACCCAUUCGAGUAA